AUGACGAAGCCACCAGUCGACAACAAGGAGGCGCUUGCCAUUGCACAGGCCUGGAUCACGCAGGCGGAUGCAGCCCUAUAUCAGACUAACCAGUCGCUUCACGCAAAUCCCGAAUUGGCCUAUCAGGAGCACAAGGCACACAAUAAUUUGUGCAAUUUUCUCGAAGACCAAGGUUAUUCCGUUACUCGCAAGGCAUAUGGCCUAGACACGAGCUUCGAGGCCAGCUCCGGUAGUGGCGGUCGUGAGGUUGUCAUAUGCGCCGAGUACGACGCGCUGCCUGCGAUUGGCCAUGCCUGCGGCCACAAUCUCAUCGCCACGUCAUCUAUGGCAGCGUUUCUCGGGGCAUCGAAAGCUUUGUCUAAACUACAAGUACCAGGUCGAGUUCGGAUCCUGGGCACGCCAGCUGAGGAAGGUGGCGGAGGCAAGAUCUCACUGAUACGGGCAGGCGCUUUCAGCGGUGCUUCAGCGUCAAUCAUGUCGCACCCUGUCACCCCCGAUAGUCUUUCCACAGACACAGAAGUCUCCGGCUCGGCAGCUUUGAAUCUCGUCGCAAGCAUUAAAUUCCGAGUCGAGUUUCGUGGUAGAUCUGCUCAUGCGGCCGGUGAGCCGUGGAAUGGACUCAAUGCUUUGGACGCUGCCGUCGCGGCGUACAAUAAUGUCAGCCUUCUACGCCAGCAGAUCCGCCCAGAGGAACGGGUCCACGCGGUGUUUGAAGACGGAGGCACUGUUCCCAAUGUCAUUCUAGACUACACACGCAUGAAUUGGUACAUUCGCAGCCCAACAAUCGAGCAAGGGGAGGAACUCCGCAACCGUGUUGCGGCGUGCAUUGAGGCUGGCGCCAGUGCAACCGGGUGCAGUGUUGGAUAUAUCCGGGCGGAAGAUUACAAGAACGUCGUUGGAAACCGGACAAUUUGCGAAACGUAUUCGAGGGUAAUGGCAAUGGUCGGUCGCAAGGUGCUAGCAGAGCAAGAAAAGCCGCUUGUGGCGUCUACGGAUAUGGGCAACGUGAGCCAUGAAUUGCCGAGUAUGCAUGGCGCGUUUACGAUUCCUGCGUGCCCUGGUGCAGCGCUUCACAGUAAGAAGUUUGCGGCGGCAGCUGGUGAGAGGGCGGGACACGAAGCCGCAAUCGACUGCGGUACAGGAAUGGCGCUGCUCGCUAUUAACAUUCUCUCCGAUGAUCGGCUGGCUGAGGAGAUGCAGCAAGACUUCAUCAACAAACGCGAAUAG